AUGAUUCGACAGCCAGGUAAGACCAACUCAUCCUACUUGAUAAAGAAAUCAAUGGAAAUAUAUGGAGAAAAACAUCAAACCAAACGAUUAAUUAUGGAUUUAACUGAGGAAGAUGUUGAUAUCAUUAGCGUAAGUAGCCAAGAAGAAACACCAAAACAAACUAUGGACAACAAUAAAUAUGCAAGUCCAGAAGAACGAGAAGUUGACGUGGUCGAAAGAAUAUCCCCAAUUCUCACCACAAAUCGUGGAAUUAACAAGGUUCUUUACUGCCCAUCCUUGGAAAUUAAAGAAGAACUGCAGGAGACUGUCCGCAAAGAACACUCUGAGAACGACAAAAGUGAUAAAAUUGAGAAAGACUUAGCUUCUCCAGAACACCAAUCUAAAGAUACUCAAGAGGAGGAACAAGUACAAUCACCACUUACGAAAGAAAUAGAAAAUUGGAUUAAUGUACAAAAAUCAAAGCCGAAACAGAUCGAAAAUUUAAAAACGAUUUAUCCAAAUUCGGUAGAGUUAUCGAGUAAAAGUAACAACAAUAACGAUCUUGAAAUUAUUAAUAAAACUCUUGCGCCCAUAAAUAAGUUAGUUAAUCACAAUAAUAGCGGGAACGAAGUUCCGCGUCAAUUUAAUUCAGAUACAACUAAGUUGGAUAGAACUGCCAUAAAUCCUACUAUAGAAAACGAGAUAGACGAUAUUAGACAUAACGUAUCACAAAAGAAUACAUGUACCACAAAACGAAUAGGCAAUAAGAAUAAAGUAAAUAAUUGUAAAGUUGUGGUAGUUCAAUCACAAAGGUACGGCAAGGUAGUCAGAAGACUCAUAAAAAUAAACAAUAGAACUUUAAAAUACCUUUGUUUAACGAAUUUUCCUUUGUGGACAGACAAAAAGUUCCAAAUUAAUGUAAUUCGUAAACUGAAGCGUAAGCAAAAAUUAGCGUUAAGUAGGGCUAAUCAAUUAGUGAAAAAGGCGUCGAUACGCAAACGUGUUACAAAAUCACUAGCCGCAACACGAAAGAUGGCUAGACGACAACCCAAAUCCAUUCCAACUUCAGAAGAAAAGAAUAAAAUCAAGGUAAAUAAUGUACGAAGGACGAUGGAGGCUUCGUCAGAAACAUGUUCGAGUGACAUCGGACGACAGCUGGAAAAAGACGAAAAAACACUACUGCAAAAACUUAAGAACGAAUUAAGAAUUAAAGAGGAAAUUUUACUGCGGAUAAAACGCAUAAAACACAUGCGCGAAAUUAUACAACAACUGCAAAAGGAAAACGUUGGAUAUAAAGCAGUCGAUAAACAGACAAGACGACAAUUGGAGAUUACCAGGACAAUUAACAGGUACAAUCAGUUAAAAAAUGAAAGUACUGAGUAUGAGGACAAUUUCGUUAUCAAGGAUCAAGCAGGAUGUGAUGCAAAUCAUAUAAAAAUCAAAGAUUUAAGACCAGAAAGUUAUCGUGGACCACAAGUAUUUCAAACAAAGUACGACUUAAUGGAGGAUCGUUUAACAAGACAUGUUGCUAUGAUGCAUGCAAAUGACAGCACCCAGCAAGUGGAACAAUUAUCAGUAGUUAAAAUUAAAUCGUCCACGCCCGGAAUGGCAGACGAGAAUAAAAAAGAAUUGUCCGGAAAGAAAAGGAAAAUAUCUUCCGAAUCCAACUUUAUGGAGGAAGUGCAAACAUCGAACGAAAAGAAGAAAAAGAAGAACAAAAUUUCGAGCGAAGUACUGAAAAACGCAACAGCAAGUCAAACGCGAGGAAAUGAUGGCAAAUUCAAACCAAUAGAAGAACAGACCACAACAUCCACAAAUCAACAAACAAGCAAUAAAUCAAAAAUCAUUUCCAUUAAAGAUAUUAAUUUCAUUCCCAAAAAUCUACACCAAGAGUCGAGCAUUGAAAAACUCGCCGUCCAAGUGACGAGAAUACCGGCUUCGAUUCUGACGUCGACCGCAUUACCACAUUGUCUGCAUCGUCGACCAGAAGAACCAGAGACUGGAAAUCAACUAUCGGGGAGCCAGCCAGCAGAAUCUGCAGUGGAUGAGUCACAGAAUUCACAAAUUAUGAACAAUAAUCAGGCGACGACGACGACACCUUCUGAAGAAGGCAUAGAGAAGCAGCAGAAUGUCGACCAAGUUAUGGAGAAUAGUUCCCAAGAAUAUUGA